GACCGCAAACAAAGCCGUGCUCGCAGAACGGCGCCUUUCUAUCGCGCUUUUGACCGCGACUUGCGAGAGGCAACCGUCAACUCCGCGACCACUUCCGCAUCAAGCCUCGCCGCACCUGUGCCGUUGUCGACGUGCCAGGGCAUAACCGCCCCUGCGUGCGGUUCCUGCGUUCGAAUCAUCACGCCAGCGACUUCGCGGUUCUCUCGAUAGCGACAAACCAUGGGUUCGCCAAGCGUCGCCGUGGUGCGUGCAGCUGCGGUUCUCCUGGUCGCUGCCUUCACUUGCCAGGCUCUCAGUCCCCCGGGUUCCUGGCAGAAGAAGCAGGUGGGCGAAGACCCUGCGUUCGAGGAGAUGGCGCACUUCGCCAUAUCGCAGCAGGUUGGCGGCGACAGGCAAAACUUCGACACUGUGCUCGAGAUCCUCGACGUCGAGACUCAGCUUGUCGCUGGCACAAACUACCGAAUCAAGUUCAAGACAGCCGAGUCAACUUGCAAGUUGACCGAAACUUACAGCAAGGAGAAUUGCCGUCCGAAGACAGGAGAUGUAAAGGACACUUGCACCGCAGUCGUCUACCACGUGCCCUGGGAAAACAAGCGCUCCGUCACGUCUUUCACCUGUGGUUCAGCGUAGAGCGAAACGAUGACGCAGGACGUUGGACUCAUUCCAGGACUUGCUUUCUGGAGCCUCGCAUUUUGGUCGUAUUUCGUGUGGUGUCGUAAAUAAAGCUGCUGGCAGUUCGCAAUGAAAUAUACGCAUUACAAACGAAUAAAGUGCCCCUUCAUAAAAAUA